AUGGGUUUCCCUUUACGCUUCUUAUCAUCACUGUUGUUGUGCCUCUUGGCCCUCCUCCUCCACCGGGCCACGGUGACAAGUGGGUGUUUCAGCAUGGAGAGGGAGGCACUGUUGGACUUCAAAGCCGGCAUCCACGACACCCAUAAUCGGCUAUCUUCUUGGGUAGGCCAAGACUGCUGCGCAUGGGCGGGGGUCAUCUGUCGCGCCACCACUGGCCACGUCGUCAAGCUGGACCUCCGGAACACGAAUACUACAGAUGAUUGGGCAUUACGCGGUGAGGGGAUGAUGAACUCGUCAUUACUUGCUUUAUCUCAUCUGAGGCACUUGGAUCUUAGCUUCAAUGAUUUCAGCGGAAUCCGUAUACCGGAAUUCAUCGGCUCCUUCAAGAAACUGAGAUACCUCAAUCUAUCUUCUACAUAUUUCAUGGGAGGAAUACCUGCUCGGCUGGGGAACCUUUCGAGCCUCUACGUUCUUGAUCUAAGCGAUGCUUUAGAUUUUACAUCCCUAGACAACCUCGACUGGCUCUCCCAUCUCACGUCCUUGAAGUACCUGAACUUGAGCGGGUUAAACCUAACUGAUGUCCCGGAUUGGUUCUCAUCGGUGAACAUGCUGCCGUCCCUCCAGGUGUUAAACAUGUCUUACGUUGGUCUCGAUACCAUCCCUGCUUCUGUUGUCCAUGUCAACUUCACCUCCUCUCUUACCGUCCUUGAUCUCUCCACUAAUAAUUUCGACUCCACCUUACCCAAAUGGUUGUGGAAUAUUACUAGUCUUACCCAUCUUUAUCUUCUUGCUACCGGGUUCCGUGGUGUUAUUCCUGAUGUAAUUGGAGACUUAGGCAGACUGAACGAAUUACAUAUGCCAGGCAACCAAUUGACAGGAAAUUUGAGCGGUCUGCUAGAGCAAAUGACGAAUCUCAUCAUUUUGGAUCUCCGAUCUAAUUUAUUCAACGGUUCCGUGCCUUCCUCCUCCAUCGGUAAGAUGUCUAAUAUCACUGAAUUGUAUCUCGGUGGAAAUUCUCUUGAAGGUGUUAUUUCACAAGUUCAUUUUGAGAAUCUUACAAGAUUACAAGUAUUAGACUUGUCUGGCAACUCCAUCACCAUAUCAAUUGGGCAGAGUUGGGUCCCCCCUUUCCAACUCAGAUUAGUAAAUUUAACCAAUUGUCAGUUGGGACCUCAAUUUCCAGAAUGGUUGCAGUUUCAAACACAGAUCAAAGAAUUAUAUUUGGCAGACUGUAAAAUUGCAGGGACAAUGCCGGCUUGGUUUUGGAAUAUUUCAUCUUCUACCAUCACAUAUUUAGACCUUUCCAACAACCAAAUAGGAGGCAAGCUGCCAUCUUCUUUCAAGUUCACCAAGUUGGAAACAUUAUAUUUGGACUCCAACAGAUUUGAAGGCUCAUUACCAACGAUGCUACCGUCCACACUGGAUAUUCUAUCUCUCUUCAAUAAUUCUUUUAAAGGACAAUUGCCGAUAUGGCCCCAUGUUAGAUUGGUGAUAAUCUCAGAUAACAUGCUUGACGGUGGCUUAUCUUCGUCAAUCUGCCAAUGGACACAUCUCGAAUACCUUGACCUUGCGAACAACAAAUUACUUGGUGAGAUCCCUUAUUGUCUAGGGGAGUCAUUACAAAAUCUUCAAUUCUUGAAUUUGGCCAACAAUCACUUCUCGGGUGAAAUUCCACACACGAUCGGUUUUUUAAGAAAGCUUUUGCUAUUGCAACUGCAAAAUAACAGUUUUUCGGGUGAGGUUCCUUUGUCAUUGAAAAAGUGCACAAAUUUAUGGUAUCUUGAUCUGGCUCAAAAUAAUCUUGUCGGAAAUAUAACGCUAUGGAUGGGAGAAAAUCUACAACCGGUAGUGCUUCGUUUACGUUCAAAUAUGUUUUCAGGAGUUAUUCCUUGGCAACUUGUUCGAUUUGAACCGCUUCAAAUAUUGGAUCUUGCGAAUAACAACUUCUCUGGUUCAAUACCUCACAACAUUGGUAAUUUAAGUACCAUAAGACCGACAUUACGUUCUCAUAAAUAUUAUGAUUGUGAAUUAGAUAUCUUUACGAAAGGACGAGUUCUUCAAUAUUUAACAUGCAACGUAAACCUUAUGAAAAGUUUGGAUCUUUCAAAUAAUAGUCUAACCGGAGAGAUACCAAAAGGAAUUGGAGACCUUGCAGAACUCAAUAACUUAAAUUUAUCAAGAAAUCAUUUACAAGGAAAAAUCCCUCGGGAGAUAGGAGGAAUGAAAUCAUUAGAAUCACUUGAUCUAUCGAUAAAUGAUCUUUCUGGUAGUAUUCCUGAGAGCUUAUCGGCUUUAUAUUUCUUGAGCUAUUUGAAUUUAUCAUAUAAUAAUCUUUCGGGACUGAUACCAUCUGGUCAUCAACUUCAAACACUCGAUGAUCCAUCCAUUUACAUGGGCAAUGCUGACUUAUGUGGACCACCAACUUUCAAAAGUUGUUCUAAUAAUAAAACAACUGAUAUACAAGAGUACGAGAAGGAGAUUUCCGAUUGGCUAUGGUUCUAUAUUAGCAUGGUACUAGGAUUUGUGAUGGGAUUUUGGAUAUUUUGUGGUAUUCUUUUCCUCAAAGACGCAUGGAGGCAUGCUUAUUUCCAUUUCAUUGAUGAUGUGUAUGAUUGGGUUUGGGUGCAAUGGAAAUUAAUUCUUCCACGAUUGUUGAGACGUGAAUCCUAA